UAGUCUAAGCAGAAUCGGACGCUCCUCAGUCGCAGACCAGUGUUACACCCGUCAACAUCUUCGUCGUCCGAGUCCUAGUUGACGCACUCACCGAAUAUCGGCAUCCAGAGUUUCUGAUACUCAGCAUCCGUUUGAGCGAGAGUUUCUGUACCGCAGACUAUCAAGAUGAUGCUCAAGAACCAUUUGGACAUCAUAGGCAGGAAUGAGCCGAUACAGAGGAAGGCCAAAUUUUGGCAGUCCUACGUGAGGGCUCUCAAGGGCACGGACGACAUGCGAGCCCCUGACCGCGUCACGCCCCGCCCCCGCGGCGUCUUCCGACCCCUUCUGGCUGAUUUCCCCGAGCUCUCCAGUGGCUGGCCCUAUAACAAGUCCAUAUAUGACGAGCCCAUCCACGCCGUGGACCGCAUCUCAGUGCCCGGUUACCGCUACCUGCCUGUAUCCCGCGAGAUCUACGGCUACUCGCCACGGAAUCUCUACCCGGCGCCCUACAGGCCGGCGCCUAUUUACGAUGCGAAAAAGGCUUGGGAUGAUCACCUGAAACGCCUGGCGGAUAUCGACCGCCUGUACCCCAGCAAGUACCCCUUGUCAGCACGACAUACCACGCCCAGUCCUCUGAAAGAGCUGACACCCCUCUCAGUCGAGCCCAAAGAGAAGAUUGGUUACAACUAUGCUGGUGUGCCUAUCUACAAUCGGGGAGGAUACACCCGACGUCCUUUGUCAGAGCUCUUCGAGCCCGUGACAUCUCUCCCCCUGUCACGACUGACCCGCGAUCCUUGGUGGUGGGCGUACCCCUCGCUACGCCCUUACACCUUGCCAACGAGCUGGUAUAAGUCGCCCUUCUAUUUGCGUGACAGCUACCUAUCUCCUGUCAAGAGGACCUACCUAUGGGGACAGCACCCCAUCAGACCUUUCGCUCACGUCUUCUAAGCCUCUGGUUGUAACAAGGAGCCGCCCGACCUGAAGCCCGUUUCCGGAUAAAGCCCCAUCAUCAUCAUCAUCCAGACCCGUGGUUGUGUUGAAGUACUCACUGGCUCGCAUGUCGCGUCAAUAUUGACAGCACUCAAAAUUUCUUCCACUUAAAUUUUAUUCUCUCAUAUGUAGUUAUCAAACGAAGGAAUAUACACUUAUACAGUCCAGUUUAUUUCUGAAAAUACGAGAGGUACUGGAGUAAUAAAGCUUAAACCUGAACAGUUGCAGGUGUUAAGUAACAUAAUUCAUGUUUCGUGUGCUUUUGUUAGGUUUCUGAAUUCUGUGUAUCUCUUCUUACUAACCAAAGUAAGCAAGUCCAUGUGAGUGAUAUAACAAGAUAUUACUAAUACAGCUCAUGCCACAUUAUUUCACACUGCCGCCUACUGGCUUUAAAUAUAAAACAUAAAUAUAUUAGGAAAAAUCCGAAUUUAACUUUGGAAUGUUAUAUAUUUAUUUAUCCCCACUUGGAGUUAGUUAUUAAACCUUUCAGACUAAAGGUAUGAGGAAGAAACCCUCUCGUGUUGUUCAUUAUUGUCCUCUUUUUCUGUCUUUUCUUAACAGAAUUUCUUAUUCCUCUUCUUCCUCUCACACUCAUCCUUUUCCUCCACCUCGCCCAUCUCCCUUUCUCCUCCUAUUCUUCCUUUCCCUUUUCUCCUACUUCUCGUCCUACUUCUUCCUCUUUUUAACAUUUCUCUUCUCAUCAUUGUAUUAUUUCUUUGCUUCUGUUCUCUCUCUUUCAUUCUCUUCAAUGUCCUGACCUGCACAGCCGUGAUUUCAGGAUAUGAAAGAGUUCAUAUUUUAAAUGAGAAGGAACAUUUGCUAAUUUCUAUGGACACUGCGUCUUGAAGACACUCGUAGCUAAUUCAGUUUCGUAGCAUUUGUAAUGACUACAGUUAACUAUUUUUAGUAGCUGAACUGAUAGCAUACGAUGAGGUAUAACGUUUGAAUAGACAGACGUCAUAGAAUUAUUUCAUAUUACCGUAUAUCUUAAUACGUAUCGCAUUUCAAUAUUCAAGCCUUGAAGAAGCCGUGUAAAUUCAUCUUCGAAACGAAAAAAAUGUCUGAUAGGUGAUGAAGAGUCACUUUAUACAUUUUUUGAAGACCAUCUCGUAAUGUCUGGUACUUUCAAUGUAAGUUCCACAGCCCAAGACCAGUGGAAUACAAAGACCGAAC